CAAUUACAGCUGACAGUAAAGCUGUAUUAGAGGCUAUCGCAGAUCCAUUGGAAUAUUUUCCUCUUCAAUAUAUUUCUCCAUGGAGAAUUGAUUCAUAUCAUGGCGUUGGAUACGAUGCUUAUUCUCAAGUUGAUAGACGGAGAUCGAUUGAUAUAGCAAGAAAAUCAAAAAACAUCUCUAUUACUAGUAAGAUUAAUCUCGUUGUCAAUACUUCAAUCACCGGGGUGCUCGUCUUCUUUCCAUUCUUUAAAAACCUAUCGGACCAAGACUCAGUACCUCCGGAUAGAGAUAUUGAUGGACUUGUUAUUGGAGUCUACGAUACUAUGUAUACAUUUGGAAUGAUCAUGAAACAAUUCCAAGAUGUUGGUUUAGCAAUUAAAGUCAUUGAUCGUGGUUAUAACUCUUCGAUUUAUGAUUCUUCGCAACCAGGCGAAAAGUAUAAGGACGAUUUUGUUGUGGAACGUUCUUCUGUCUUAGCAGAUCGUAACUGGACAUUUCUAUGCGUGCCAACGGAAAACGCAUAUAGUCACACGGUUUCGCAAACCAUGCCUUCAGUAUCUUUGGUGCUUUUUAUAUUAUUUUUUGGAUUAUUAGGCUUUCUCACUUCCAGAUACUUCCGGAAAUAUUUAAAUGCAAGAGACAAGGUUAGCAUACAAGCUCGAAGACUAGGUAGAACUCAAAAUUUAUUAAAAGCAAUUACAGCUGACAGUAAAGCUGUAUUAGAGGCUAUCGCAGAUCCAUUGGUUGCACUUAAUGCCAAGGGUGAGAUAGUUGGUGCCAAUAAACACGCGCUUCGUUUAACAGGUUAUUCUCCUGAUGAUAUUAAAGUUCAAAACAAGAUGCACGUAAACCAAUUGCUGAUUCCCGUAGUCGAAACUCCAGCUGAAGAACGGGAAAUUUCAGAUUAUGAUCCAAUGCAAGUACCAGUUCGUCCUGGCAUGCGUGACGUUAUGGCACGAAGAAAAGAUGGAACUUGUUUUGAAGCUGAGGCAAAUUUUUCACAACAAGUUGUGGAACAAAAUUACUUUACCCAAGUAGUAAUGUUUAGAGACGUGAGUUUUAAAAAAGAACAUGAAAGAGCUGUCAUUGAGGCGAAAAAGGAAGCUGAAAUGGCUAAUCAAUCUAAAACAGAGUUUCUUUUCUUUUUAUGUCAUGAGAUCCGUAACCCUAUACAUGCUAUCUUUGGGUUUGCUGAAAUGUUAAAAAAUUCAUUCAAGGAAAAGGAGCAAGAAGAAUUAGAUUACAUUAUGUCAGCGGGAAAAUUUUUAAGUUUUAUUGUUAAUGACGUUCUUGAUCUUACGCAUUUAACUAAUCCCAAUCCGUAUGAGAUAGAAUUAAAAUGUGAACCGUUUGAUCUUCAUAUUUUGAUACCAAAUGUGGCAAAGAUUCAAUCAGUUGAAGCAGCGAAUAAAAAAAUCAAGUUAAAAACAAUCAUACAUAGUGAUAUUCCACAUAAUGUAUAUGGAGAUGCUCGUCGUAUAGAACAGGUCAUUAAUAAAUUGAUAGCUCGGUCGAUCGAGGUUGCACCAGAAGGUGGAAUUAUCGAAUUAGAAAUACAAGCUUUACGGUUUCAUCGUACACAUGGUGUAUUGUUACGUUUUUCGGUAAAAGAUGAAAGUGAUGGUUUAUCUUCAGAUAAUGAAAUAUCAGAAUUAUUUAAACCUUAUUCUAAAACAAACUCAUCGAUAGGCUCUAGAUUUCAUGCACAAGGUCUCUCAAUGGCGCUAGCACAAGCUAUUGUUAAAGUUAUGGGAGGGAAACUUCAUGUUGAUAAAUCUCAAAAAAAGCAACCCGGAAAUCGAGUGUGGUUUGACAUUUGGUUACGAACAGAUGAUAUAAAUAUACGGAAUAAUCUCCAUCGUGGAUCUUUGGACGCUACAUAUAGCACUAAUUCAAUUGAUGAAAUGGAUCAUUCGCUAGAAACAGAUUCAAUCAAUGAAUUGAAAGUACAACUUCGUGGUUCAAAGAGUUUGUCAUUAGCAAAAACAAACCGUCCUGGCCGUCCUUAUAAAAGUACAGUUAGAAGAAAACGGAGGCAACCUUUACCUAAUGGUGAAGAAUCUGAUGAUGGCGUAGUUAAAGGGGGUUUCUUUCAACGUAAGGGGUCUAUUAUCCUUGGGUUGGAUAGAGCUAGUUCUUCCCAUCAAAAUAACACAAUUAUGAAUGACAAAGUAUCAUUUUCAGUUAAUGAAGAAUCAACGAACAAUUCUAUUGAUAAUACAAUGUCAUCUACACCACCUCCCAUAAUAACUUAUUAUCCUGGUGACAAAAAUCAGAAUGAUUCCGAAAACCUACAUGAAGUGAUGAAAUCUAAUGCUCCAUCUCUUCAUGACAACACCUCAUUAUUAAUAUCUACAAAACUAAAGAACGAUGCACCUACAGUAACGCCACCUAUAUCACCUACAUCUUUAAACACUCAAAAUGCAACAUCUGGACAACAUUCUGUCGUUAUAGAUGAACAUUCUAAUCAACAUUUAUACAUUAGCUUUCAUAACUCACCAACUCAAAUAUUAUCACCAACGAAUACAUCACUCACGCCACCGUCAUCAUCACAUGCCGCACACCUCCCAUUAUCAAAUGAUUCUGAUAAAACACAUACUACACCACUUCAAACGGAAAAUAGCACAAUAGUUAGCAGUAAUGUAAAUACUACACCAUCUAUAGCAUCUCUUCCUUCAUCAACAUCACAAACUUGUCAAGUGGAACAACCAUCACCACGAACAUUAAAAGUGCUACUUGUUGAAGAUAAUCUUAUAUGUCAACGAGUAACAUCUAAAAUGCUUAUACGUAAUAAUUACAUCGUGGAUAUUGCUAAUAAUGGCAAAGAAGCUAUAGAUAUGAUUGAGGCAACAAUGAACACGAAAGGCUAUGUUUGUAUAUUGAUGGACAUCAUUACACCAGUUAUGAAUGGAUACGAAGCUACAAAAUUACUGAGAAAACGAGGUGUAGACAUUCCAAUAUUAGCAUUGACAGCUAAUAGUUUUAGCAGUGAUGUUAAAAAGGCUCUUGAUGUUGGAAUGGAUGCGUUUUUAACAAAACCUAUUAAAGAAGGAGAAUUAAUUGUCGCAAUAAAAAAAGAGAUUGAUAAAUACGAAAGUCGACAUAAUAUUCAUGAUUCAGAAGAGAUCAACACUAUAACAUCAUGA